AUGUCUAACAGCACAAUCACCACACUCAUGUCCCGCCGAGGCUGGGUGGGCGGACCAGACGAGAGAGGUACGCUUGAUAUCGUCUGGAGUUGCGUAUCAACUCUGUUCAUCUGCCUUUGGAGUAUGCUACACCUAAAUAUACCCUCCCCAAAAGACACUUUCUGGACUAUCUUCUGGCGCAAGGCGCGUUGGCUCUUACUUGGUGUCCUAGCACCUGAAGUGCCCAUGCUCUUCGCCGCUGGUCAAUGGGCCUCCGCGAAAAGGUCCGUCAAGGCUAUGCGAGAUAUGGGUUUCGACGAAGAGGAAUGGUCGCUUGAGCAUGCCUAUUACGCAGACAGCGGUGGGUUCGAGUUACGGACUGUUGACCGCGAGGCAGUUCCCAUCACCGCCAAACAGGUCCACUAUCUGAUCGAACAUGACAUAAUUACCCUACCAAGAGUCACUAAGAAAGAGAUAUGGGACAAGAGCAAUGCAGACAAGGUCGCCAAAUUUCUUGCCUGUUUCCAAACCGCAUGGUUGACAACACAAACAAUUGCGCGUGCGAUACAACAUCUCGCUAUCACACCGUUGGAGUUAUCAAGCAUCGCGCUGGCGUUGACGUCUCUGACGACACUAUGGUACUGGUUGCAAAAGCCUUUGGAUGUUGAGACACCUACGCUCGUUUAUGUGGAGAAAAGCAUGAAGGAAAUAGUUAGUACUUGCGACGGUGGUGGCGCAGAUCCGUAUACGAACACUCCGCUGGACUUCAUCGAACCAAAUGCGUAUAUCGCGCGCAAAUGGAAUCCGCUCCUCUUCAAAUGGAUACUCAGUCGCAAACUUCAGACCAAACCGAUCGAGCGCAUUCCGAAUGAUCGAGAUCCGCAGCUCUCCAACGUUUACCAACAUCUGUCGCUGGCUGUGGCCACCGCCUCUUUCGCCAGUAUCCAUCUUGCAGGUUGGAACUUCAGUUUCGAAACCGACUGGGAAGCAUGGCUUUGGCGUGGCAAUUGCUUAGUGAUGUGGGGUCUUCUAGCUACAUAUGGGACGACAGAAGUUGUGGCCUGCUGCAACGAAAGAUUCCAAAAGCUAGGCAUGGAUACAAUGGGAGGUUACAAGAUGCGAUGGCCUGCAUGCCUCUGGUUUAUCAUACCCGCGUCGCUGUAUGCAAUGGCUAGACUUGCGUUGUUGUUUGAAGUGCUGUAUAGCAUGCGCAGUCUUCCGUCCGAUGCUUUCGUUGAGGUGAAGUGGUCUUCCUUCAUCCCUCAUAUAUGA